GAGUAUAAAUAGGAGGGAUGGAGGCUGCAGAGAUCAGAUUCUCUCAUGGCUCCUACGAUCACGGCAGGACCGGGCCUCUCUGACGAGCUUCUGACUCUGAACCACAAGCUCAGGAAGCCUCUGGUGGAGAAGUUCCGCAGAGAGAGGAUCAACAGCAGCAUCGAGCAGCUCAAGUCUCUCCUGGGUCCAGAGUUCCUCAAACAGCAGCCAGACUCCAAGCUGGAGAAAGCAGACAUCCUGGAGAUGACAGUCUGCUUCCUGACUCAUCUGCAGCAGCAGCAGCAGCAUCCAGCUGUGGACUCAGCAGCUGUCCAUCGGGGCUACUCCACAUGUGUCCAGCAGGUGGUGCACUUCCUGUCCAAAGACCAGCUGCAGACACAGUCCCAGAGGAGACUGCUGGACCACUUCAACAAGCUGCAGUCUGAGAAGAAGCUGAGAGAGGCUGACUUCUGUCCUCUGAGCUCCACAGGCCAGAGCAGCAUCAGGAAAGAGCAGAGUCCGGUCUGCAGCGCCCUCUGGAGGCCGUGGUAGGAACUGAAGGACUGGAAGGAAACCAAACUGAUGAGACCAUGUUGGUCUGUCUUUACUUUACUGGACUGAACGAUUUGAAAUUCUAUUGAAUUUUUUUUCUUUGACUUUAUUUUGUGAUUAUUUCACAUCAUAAUAUUUCCUGAGGAAAUGAAAACGAAAAUAUUUUUCAAGUUAAGAAAAGCGUAAAAACCACAAUGGUUGAAAAUUAAAAUAAGCAACGCUUUGAACCUUAAA